AUGAAGCAAAGAAUUACAGGUUUAGACCUUCAAAUAAUCACUGCAGAGCUUUCGAAAGAGAUUUUGAAUUAUCGUUUGCAAAAUAUUUACAAUGUAUCUAGUUCAUCUCGUCAAUUCUUACUCAAAUUCUCAAUUCCUGACUCCAAGAAAGUGGUUGUCUUAGAUUGUGGGAAUAAGCUUCAUUUAACAGAAUUUGACCGUCCAACCACUCAAACACCAUCUAAUUUUGUCACUAAAUUGAGAAAGCAUUUAAAGACCAGGCGUUUAUCCCAAAUUAAGCAAAUUGGUAACGAUAGGGUAUUGGUACUUGAAUUCAGUGAUGGCUUGUUCUACUUGGCUUUAGAAUUCUUCAGCGCAGGAAACAUAUUGUUGUUAGAUCAAGAUAGAAAAAUUUUGUCAUUGCAGAGGAUGGUGAGUGAUAAAGGUGGCAACGACAGAUACGCGGUUAAUGAGAUAUACAAGAUGUUUGACGAGUCGUUGUUUAAAUCGGAUUUCAAUUAUGAACGUAAGACCUACUCAAAAGAACAAGUUCAAGGAUGGAUAAAGUCACAAAGGGAUAAAUUGGAUCAGAGGAGUCAGGAUGGCAAUAAGAAGAAAAAUAAGGUUUUCUCAAUCCAUAAGCUAUUGUUUGUAAAUUCCAGUCAUCUUUCUAGUGAUUUAGUUCAACUCAAUUUGAUAAAAAAUGGCAUUCUGUCCUCCGCAAGUUGUUUCGAUUUUGAAAAUGACGAUGCAAAGAUGGAUUUAAUCAUUAAAGCGUUAGAGGAAGCUGAAAGCGACUACAUUAAUUUAUUGGAGAAAUCAGAAGAUGCAAUCAAUGGCUAUAUUGUCAGUAAAAAGAAUCUUCUGUAUAAUCCUGAUAAUGACGAUUCGACAAAUGAUUUAGAAUAUAUUAUGGAUGAAUUUUAUCCUUAUAAACCUUAUAAAUCGGAUAUGGAUAAUUACAGAUUUACAGAAAUACAGGGUUAUAAUAGGACUAUGGAUUCUUUCUUUUCCACUAUUGAAUCUACUAAGUAUGCAUUGAGAAUUGAUCAACAGAAACAGCAAGCAACAAAAAGAUUGGAUUAUGCUCGUGAAGAAAGAGAUAAACAAAUUCAAUCUUUGCUUGCUCAGCAAGAGCUGAAUAUUAAGAAAGGGGAUGCUAUAAUGUAUUAUGCUGAUCUAGUAGAUCAAUGUAAGGAUUCUGUUGUGAAAUUAAUUGAUCAGCAAAUGGAUUGGACCAACAUUGAAAGCCUUAUCGAAUUAGAGCAAUCAAGAGGCAAUAAAAUUGCUAGGUUUAUCAACUUACCGUUGAAUUUGAAGGAAAACAAAAUUAAUUUGCAUCUUCCAGACAUGGACGAAGAAAAUGAAGAAAAUAAGACUGCAUUUGAUUCAGACUCGGAUUCUGAUUCUGAUUCUGAUUCUGAUAGCUCCAGUGACGAAUCUGAGCUGGAGUCUGAUUCAGAUUCGGACUCGGAUUCAGAUUCGGAAACGACUUCAGAAGCAAGACCUAAACAGAAAAAGGUGAAAAAGUCGGGCAAGCCCGCAAAAUCCAAAAUCUCUGUUUGGAUCGAUAUUUCAUUAUCUCCGUUUGCAAAUGCAAGAGUGUACUUUGAAAGUAAGAAAUCAGCAGAGAGUAAGCAAAUUAAAGUCGAAAAGAGUACAGAAUUUGCUUUAAAGAAUGCUAAAAAGAAAAUUGAACAAGACUUAAAUAACAAAUUGAAAAAUGAAAAUGAUUCUUUAAAACAAAUUAGACCAAAGUAUUGGUUUGAAAAAUUUUUAUGGUUUGUAUCCAGUGAAGGCUAUUUGUGUUUGGCUGGUAGAGAUAACUCUCAAAUUGAUAUGAUAUAUUAUAGACAUUUUAACGAUAAUGAUUAUUUUAUAUCGUCUGACAUUGAAGGCUCAUUAAAAGUGUUCAUUAAAAACCCUUUCAAAGGCGAAAGUAUACCACCUUCUACGUUAAUGCAAGCAGGAAUAUUUGCUAUUUCCGCGUCUUCUGCGUGGAACGGUAAAGUAACAACUUCAGCUUGGUUAUUACAUGGUGCUGAUAUUUCGAAGAAAGACUUCGAUGGCACUUUAAUCUCCUCUGGAAAUUUUAAUUACAAAGCUAAGAAAACCUACCUUCCACCGUGUCAGCUUAUCAUGGGCUUUGGAUUUUACUGGUUAGGUGACGAAGAAACGACUAAAAAGUAUACAGAAACCAGGCUUUCAAGAGAAGAAGAGCAUGGUUUGAAAAUCGUAAUGGAUAAUAAAAAGCAAGAUCUCGAGCACUCCUCAAAAUCUCUGAAUAAAAUUCAAUCUAGUCUCAACGAAGUGGACGACGAAAAGGUGUCAGCUAAAGAGGAUACUGAACCAUCAAAAGAAGAUAUCACGAGCGAACCUGCUUCAGAAUCUAAGGAAGGUAAAAAGAGAUUGAGUGCAAAAGAAAGAAGGAUGUUACGUAAAGGUAAAGACAUUAAGGUGUCUGAGAAUGAGGAUACUGAUGAAGACGUUUUUGAUCCUAUUGAACAAGAAAUGAAGAACUUGAAGCUCGAAGAAACAAAAAAGAAAACAGCGGAGCCAUCUUCUCAAAAGCCACCAAAUGUAAGAGGUAAAAAGUCAAAAAUGAAGAAAAUUGCAGCCAAAUACGCAGAUCAGGAUGAGGAAGAAAGAAAAAUUAGAAUGGAAGCAUUAGGAACGUUGAAACAAGUCGAGGCAGAAAAGCAAAAACAAAUUGAUGAAGAAGAGAAUAAGGAACUGAAAGAUAAGUAUGUCAAUGAAGCUUUGAAUGCUGAGAGACGUAAGAAUCAAGAAGAAAGGGAGUAUAGAAAAUAUAUUAUGGAAGAGGCCAAUGAGGACGAAUCAAGUGUUGUUAAUUACUUAGAAAUUCUUGAUUCUUUCAUUUCUAAACCACAACCGGAUGAUUGUUUAGUGAAUCUUGUUCCUGUCUUUGCACCAUGGUCGGCCUUAACUAAAUUCAAGUAUAAGGUUAAGAUUCAACCUGGAGGCGGUAAAAAAGGUAAGUGCAUCAAUGAUACCUUGAACUACUUCGCAAAUCGUAAGCUGGAUCCAUCUCAUACUGAUACCGAGUUAGAUUGGGAUAAUGAAAGAGAAAUAUUGAAGGGUGCUAAGCCCAACGAUUUAAUGGGUGUAUUCACUGUCAGUAAGGUUAAAUUGAUGUUACCAGGUGGACAAGACAAGACUGCAAGAAAGGCGCCUGCAAAAAAAGGUAAGAGAUAG